AUGGACACCACUUUGCGCGUUGGAACCGCGGGGAACGAGCAGGGGCGAAAGGACGAGAAGGAAAGCUGGGACGAACUAAAGAAAGCGCGGGAGGCUCUAGCGGAGGGAAGGCGGCGGGAAGAGGAGCUGGAGGGAGUGGUGAGGGAGGGUGAGAGGGCGAUGCGGGAGCUGGAGGAGUGGAUUGGGCGGAAGGUGGACGCGAUGUCGUCGCUCGCUACCGUGCUCCGAGAGGGGUGGCUGAGGGAAGCGGUGCUGUCUCAGGCCGAGGGAGCACGCAAGCGCGCGCGCAUGGCGGAUGGCUCUCCCGCGCAUCCGAUGAUAAUGAUGGAGUUAAAAGCUCCCAGUUUCCUCUGUUUCUCGCACCGUCCCAUUUCCACUAUUUGCCUUCUCCCAACCCUCCCCCAUCCCCUCCUCGUUUUUCCGCUCGUGCCCUCAUUCGCCUCUCCCCCAUUCCCCUACUUUCCACCCCAGCAACACUUUACUGCCGCCCGCACUGCCGGGAGCAUUGGGGGAGCGAGAGUGGAUUCAGGAGGAGCGGUUACGGAUGUGGACGAGAGGCAUGCACACAAGGGAGGAGGGAAAGGCAGGGCGGGGAGAGCAGGAGGACCACAGGUGGGGAGGCCACGUCAGUGGCCGGCCGGCCGGGUAGCAAGCAAAGCAGAGGUGAGGGCACGACUGCAGAGUGCGAUUGAUCAUGUGCUCCGCAUUCGUCCUGCCAAUGUAACACUGGAGAAUACUACCCGAGGUAUUAACCGGGUGGUUUCGCAGCUCUUUGAUCACCCGGACCCCACUGCAAAAGAGCUCUCCCUCUCUAACCUCGAACUCGUUCACUACCUCUACCUCACUCCCCACUGCUACCCAGACUUGCUACCGUCCGUCACCACUCUCAACCUCCAGAAACUCCACCCCGUCUCACCAAACGCCAUAAAGCUGCUCCUCCGCCUGCCCUCUCUCACAGCUCUUCACUUCCACGAGACUUCCAUCCGUUCAGACGCGCUGCGGCUCUUCCCGUGCCUGUCUCCGCUCCGCCGGCUCGUCAUCGCAAGUCCUGACCCCUCCGGUGUUAUCAAUCUAUCGGCCAGCCGUCAAGGCAACCUGCCUGCUCCGUCUAAUCCCGUCAGACGAAUCCAGCCGUUUCAGAGCUUGAAAGAGCUGCAUGUGAGCCGAGUGACGGACUCUAUCCUGCAGCACUUGGGGGUGUUGGCGAGACUUGAGGUCCUCUCUUGCACGUACAGCAAGGGGGUGACUUCGCAGGGAUGGAAUCACCUCAGGAGACUGCAGAACCUAAAGCGGUUGCUGCUGGCGCCAACAAUGGUCAUCAAGGACUGGGGAUCCAACGACCAACUCCCCGCCUCCUCCUUCCUGCUCCGCCGUUUCCCGCUGAGCCUAGACUUCUCCCAAUCCCGCCUGCCAAAGAUCAUCAGAACCUUCCAAAGGCCUCCCAAGAACGGGGCUGCAGCCGCAAGUGAAGACCCCAGCGACGAGCCCAGGAAUCGCAUCGACGGGAGCAUAUGGGAGGUGGUGGCUGCGCUGCCGGGCCUGCAGCACCUAGAGAUUCACGCACCAGAGCCCAGCGCCACAGCACUGCGAUCCCUCUCCAACAUCACGCAGCUCAAAACCCUCCGCAUCACCGGCACGACGAUUCACGAUUCUGACCUGGUGGGCUUGAGUGGCCUCUCCCUGCUCACCAGUCUCAGCCUGGCUUCCUGCACGUUUGCAGCAAGCCAGGCUGUGAGGUUGGUGAUUCAAGGCAUGACACAGCUGAAGUCGCUGGACCUGUCAGGAACGGCAAUCAGCCAAUGGGCCGCUGUGCACCUGCAAGCGCUAGAGCGGUUGGAGCGGUUGAGGCUGCAGCAGUGCAGAGGAAUGAGCAAGCUGUUUGUGGAGCAUCUGAGCCUGGUUCCCGCGCUGCGGGAGUUGGAUCUCAGCUGCAACAACAUGCAGCAUGCUUGGCUGCUGCCGAUUCUGGAAGGAAAGAAGGUGACUCGGCUUGGAGUAGGGGGCUGUGGGUUUGUGCCAAAAACGGUGCAACGGCUUCAGCGGGAUUGGAUCAAGGUUGAGUCGAGAUGA